UUGGAGGCCACUUGUCUCUGCGCUUGGUCACAUAUUCACAUGCAGCAGGGUUUGUCAGCCUCAGCAUCCUCACUUUUCACCCUGGAGGGCUCAGGAGCACAAAGACACAUCUUUAUCAUGAGGUCCUUCUUUCUGCUGCUCUUCUCCCUGUUGUUGAUGUCCAAUGGAUCUUCAUCCGUCAUCACAGGGGCCUGUGAGAAGGACUCUCAGUGUGGAGGAGGGAUGUGCUGUGCAGUUAGUUUGUGGAUCCGCAGCCUGCGUAUGUGUACGCCCAUGGGACAGGACGGAGACGACUGUCACCCUAUGAGCCACAAGGUUCCUUUCAAUGGGAAAAGACUCCAUCAUACUUGCCCUUGUCUUCCCAACCUGUCGUGUAUCACCAUAGAGGAGGGCAGAUCCAAAUGUCUCUCGCCAUACAAUUAUCCAGACUACUAUCUCUGA